AGCCUUCCCCAUAGCCGGACUUCCGCUUCCGGUCCUCGGAAUCUGUACGCGGUCGUUAUGGAGGAACCGGAGAUGCAACUCAAGGGAAAGAAAGUCACAGACAAGUUCACUGAGAGUGUCUAUGUCCUGGCCAAUGAGCCUUCCGUGGCCCUGUACCGGCUGCAGGAGCACGUGCGCCGCUCUCUGCCUGAGCUGGCCCAGCAUAAGGCUGACAUGCAGCGAUGGGAGGAGCAGAGCCAGGGAGCCAUUUACACAGUGGAGUAUGCCUGCAGUGCUGUGAAGAACCUUGUUGACAGCAGCGUCUACUUCCGCAGCGUGGAGGGUCUUCUGAAACAGGCCAUCAGCAUCCGGGACCACAUGAAUGCUGCCGCCCAGAGCCACAGCCCUGACGAACCACCCCUGCCCUCCUCAGCUUGAUCCCGGAAGAGACUUGGAGGUGCUUUGGCCCCUCUGGCUCAGGCAGAGCCCAGCAUGAUGGCUACCCACCCAGCUCAGGAAUCUUCGCUGCACUGCUGGCCAGCUGUGUGACCCUGAGAAAGUCCCUCCCCUCUCUGGUCUCUGCUUUUCCCUUCCGUCAGAGUGGUUCAGCAGGCAGCAGAGGGUGCUGCUGCAUAGUGAUGUGUGUUGUAGCAAUCAGCGACUGCUGCAUGACAAACUAUCCCCAAACUUAGUGGUUGACAACCCUAGUCAUUUGGCUGCUUACAGUCCUGCGAUUUGGGCUGGGCUCAGCUGGGCAGUUUUUCUGGACUUAACAACUAUCUGGCACUCACCAGAAUUCAAAGGGGCUCAUAGUCAGAGGUGGCCUCGCUCACACAUCUGGAUCUGGACCCGUGCUGUCAGCAGCAGGGGGUCCGUUCCCCUCCGCGUGGCCUCCCCAGCAGGCCGCCCUAGGCUUCUCCUGGUGACCGGGUGCCCAGAGGGCAGCCCCCGUGUGCCUGUGCCCAUCCGACCUCUUCUUGCUUCACACUGCGGAUGCUCCAUUGGUCGAGGCCAGCCACGUGGCCAGGCCAAGAACCGGAUGGGAGAGGACUGCAGGAAGGCCUCAAUACCGGGAGGUGUGACCGACUGUGUGAGGAGAGCAUGGUACCAAGAAAGGCCUGGCACGUUGUUACUCGGCGCCCAUGUAGGGCAGACCCCGGCAGAUCGGCGGCAUCUGAGGGACUUCCUGAGCUCUGGCUGUUGUAGUUCUCAAAGCCCCGCCCAUUUGCCAGGCACCGCAAUGGCGCUCUGUGCCACAGAGGCCCUCUCAGAGGGCUUGGGAGGCAUGAGUGGGAUGGGGCCUCCACAGCCCCCGAGCCACAGUGUCCAGAGACAAGAGGCAGCAGAAUUCAUGUGUAUGCAGUUGAAGUACUUUUUGAGCACCUGCUGUGUGCCAGGCUUAGCUCUCCGGCUGGGGGUAGUGAGGAAUCCCGCUGGCUGUGGGAUUGCCUAGGAAGCAUCUGGGAGGACUUGGGGCAGGAGGGGCUACCAAGAGGGUCAGCAACUCACCCCAGUGGCCCACGCAGUGUUGCCCACCAGCCCUGGGCCUACACCCCACCAUCUCUCCACUCCCUUCUCCUUGCCCUCGUCACUCCCACCAUCCAGCCUCAAGGACACCGCCCUGCUGCCCUCCCCACACCCUGUUGUCAUCUGCUGUCCCUCUGCUGCUGCGCCCCCUUGGAAUAAAAUUCUCUGUGGCUUCUCCUGA